AUGGAGCAGACGGAUGGCGAUGGCCAGGAAAGCAAUUGCCCUUCCGGCGUCUUCCCUGUGGACUCGGACGCCUGCAUCUUCCCAGACUCCAGCCUGUGCAUGUUCACUCUGCUCAACAACUUCGUCAUCACCUUGUCCCAGGCUCACGGCAAAUGGUGGAUGAAACUGCACGAGCUUCCGCGCCCCGAGCAGGAGAGUCCCCCGUACCGGCAGGUCAGCGAGGUGGGCUUCUGCCCCGGCCCCCAGCCCGGGGACGAGGGGGACGGCCCGCCCUCCCGUUUCCUGCCCGUCCUGUGCUGCGCGUCCUCCCCAGGCACCGUGGGGUCCGGGGAGGGGCUGUGGUGCUCGGGGGGCUUCGUGCUGGAAGAGCCCCUCUUCAGCCUGCUCUUCGGGAUCGACGCUGCCAUGCUGGAGUCUCCUAUGAUCCUCUGCGGCUUCCCGGACGGACAGCUCUGCUCCGUGCGCUCUUCGCCGGCCGUCGAUGGCUGCCAUGACGUUUCGAACCAAGACCCGCCCGUGAAGAUCCUCCAUCAUUUGGAAGAGCCCAUCGUCUUCAUCGGGGCCUUGAGAACGGAGCGGAGGGUGGCGGAGGAUGCCGAGGACGAGCAGCUCUUCGGAGACGCUGGCUGUGACUGCGUGGUGGCCGUGGGCCACUACGGGAAGAUGGUGGCCGUCAAGGCGGAUCAGAGGGAGGAGGCGACGGUGCCGGAGCUCAGGGAGUACUACUUGCGCGGGCCUAUUCUCUGCGCCGCCUGCGGCAGCGGCAGCCGGAUGUAUUACAGCACGCACUCGGACAUCUCCGCCGUCGACCUGGACUGGGUCGGCGAUUCCUCCGACCCCGAGGACGUGGAGAGCUGCGCCGGCGUCCUGCCUCCCGUCCUGUCUCCGGCCAGUUUAAGUAUCUGUAGCGUUGUGGCUCUUUCCUUGUCUUCUCGGGCGUCAGAAG